AUAGGAAACGUCAAAAGUCGGACAGGCGGCCGCUCUGGCUGCUGCAGCUUGAGGUGCGCUGAGUUCAGAGGGAUCCUGUGCUGCUUCUGCUAUUCUCGCUGCUGAUACCUCCACCGGCGUGAACAAGUAAAGUUUGAACCGGCAUCUCCAUGGCCUGGGCACCAGUUCCCGGCUGAGCCAUUUUCUUUUUGACUAAAAGCCCCCGCCCAGAGGCCGAUUCGUCGCGGCGGCGGUGGGGAUCGCAGGUCGCUCAGGCUUGCAGAUGGGUCAGGGGCUGUGGAGAGUGGCCAGAAACCAGCAGCUACAGCAAGAAGGUUAUAGUGAGCAAGGCUACCUCAGCAGAGAGCAGAGCAGGAGGAUGGCUGCCAACAACAUUUCUAACACCAGUCAUCGUAAACAAGUCCAAGGAGGCAUUGAUAUAUAUCAUCUUUUGAAGGCACGGAAAUCUAAAGAACAGGAAGGAUUCAUUAAUUUGGAAAUGUUGCCCCCUGAGCUAAGCUUUACCAUCUUGUCCUACCUGAACGCAACUGACCUUUGCUUAGCUUCAUGUGUUUGGCAGGACCUUGCGAAUGAUGAACUUCUCUGGCAAGGGUUGUGUAAAUCCACUUGGGGUCACUGUUCCAUAUAUAAUAAGAACCCACCUCUAGGAUUUUCUUUCAGAAAAUUGUAUAUGCAGCUGGAUGAAGGCAGCCUUACCUUUAAUGCUAACCCAGAGGAGGGAGUGAACUACUUUAUGUCCAAGGGUAUCCUAGAUGAUUCACCAAAGGAAAUAGCAAAGUUUAUCUUCUGUACAAGAACACUAAAUUGGAAAAAACUGAGAAUCUAUCUUGAUGAAAGGAGAGAUGUCUUGGAUGACCUUGUAACGUUGCAUAAUUUUAGAAAUCAAUUUUUGCCUAACGCACUGAGAGAAUUUUUUCGUCAUAUCCAUGCCCCUGAAGAGCGUGGGGAGUAUCUUGAAACUCUAAUAACAAAGUUCUCACAUAGAUUCUGUGCUUGUAACCCUGAUUUAAUGCGAGAACUUGGCCUUAGUCCUGAUGCUGUCUAUGUACUGUGCUACUCUUUGAUUCUACUUUCCAUUGACCUCACUAGCCCUCAUGUGAAGAAUAAAAUGUCAAAAAGAGAAUUUAUUCGAAAUACCCGUCGUGCUGCUCAAAACAUUAGUGAAGAUUUUGUAGGGCACCUUUAUGACAACAUCUACCUUAUUGGCCAUGUGGCUGCAUAAAAGCACAAUUGCUAGGACUUCAACUAUUAACUUCAAACUAAAGUUACCCAAGGACUUAUUUAGCAGAUAUGGGGGUUAUAUUAGUGCUGGUCAUUCUAGCCUCUGUAUACAAUCAAGCUCGAGUGUACACCUUUUUUUUCCCUUUUACUAUUUUCUUUUUUAGUAAUUUCCUUGGUGAACUAAAGAAUUUUGCAGAAUUUUUCUUAAUUUUGCUUAUCAUGUUUUGCACAAAGCAGAGCCAUUGUCUGACACAGCUGUUUAAGAAUGUUCAACUGACAUUAUACUCUAAAAGAUGGUAUAUUUGUGCAUUAGAUUUGCUUGAAAAACUACUCACUUUCAUUCUUUUUUAAAAUACCAUGUAAUGUGUACAUAUUUAACUGAAGAGAUUUAUAAUCAUAAUUAUUUUAUUGUAAAGAUUUUAACUAAAGCCCUUCCUUUUCCUCUCAAACUGAGUUCUGAAAUUUAUUUGAUUCUGAUCUGAGCUUAUUACUGUCUUCAUAAAAGUUGGAUCUGACUUAGAUAAAGACAAAUACCAGUUUCUCUUUCCUUUGAACUUCAUAAGAAUAUAGAUUUAUUACUAGUAAUAAGCAAAACAGGCACUUAUUUUUAUAAUAUAAAGUCAUCGCUCGACUUUCCAUUUUUAAAAGUUUUGAGUUAGUCAUUUCUCAGUAAGUCCUUUAAACUAUUUGAGAUAGCAAAAUAUGUUGAAAUCUAGGAUUCCCAUACAUAGGAACAGAAUGCUAUUAAAACUUAUAUCUCUUGUAAUUAGUCAAAAUUUGCCAUUCUCUUAACUUGAUAAUUUCUGUUUACAAUCAGUUGAGAAAGGGGUAUUGUGAGUCAGUCAUCCAAUAAUAUUUACCAAGGACCUUCUGUGUACUAAACACUGUGCUAGGUAGCAAUACCUAGACAUGGGCCUUGCCUUCAUAGAUGUUACAUGAUUGAUAAGGAAAAAUACUGCUUUCUAAGCAGGGUCGGGCCUGGUUAGUACUUGGAUGGGAGGAAAAAUACUGCUUCUUGGAGAGUAUAUCUAUGAAGCAUAGCUUAAUUAACAAUUAUUUAAUUAUGAAACACUUAGCAUUGAAAUGAUAAAGAAGAAUAUAUUUAUAUGGUAAGUCAAAAGUUUCCUGGAAAUAUUGCUAAGUGAAAAGCAUCAGCUUUGAAAUGAGACACUAGGUGAUGAGUAGAGCUGCUAGUUUAGGGGGUGGAACUUGGAAGAUUAGAAACUU